GCAAGCUAAAUAAGACUCGUAUUUUGAAAAGCGGAAGUGUGUGUUGUUUUGACUCGGUGUGUGCGCGCGCGCGUGAGAGAGAGAGAGAUCCGUAAAAAUGGAAACAAGUCGACUUGCUAAAUUGGAGUUUGCGGUGCAGAUGAGCUGUGAGAGCUGCGUGCGGGCUGUUAAAGGUGCACUUGAAAAACAGCCUGGCGUGCAGUCGGUGCAGGUGGACUUGGCUCAGGAAGAGGUUUUGGUUGAGACGUCACUUUCCACUCGAGAGGUUCAGGGUCUGAUUGAGAGCACAGGAAGGCGAGCUGUACUGAAGGGGAUCGGAGGAUCAGAACCAGAUCUGGGUGCUGCCGUGGCUAUGUUGAGUGGGGCAGGACAAGUCCAGGGCGUGGUCCGGUUCCUGCAGCUAUCUGAGAAUCGUUGUUUGAUUGACGGCACGAUCGACGGCUUAGAACCCGGUGCUCAUGGCCUUCAUGUGCAUGAACUCGGAGACCUCACACAGGACUGCAUGAGUUGUGGUGAGCACUACAACCCAUUUGGGAAGCAGCACGGAGGCCCACAGGACACUGAGAGGCAUGUUGGGGAUUUGGGUAACGUGCAGGUCGGAGCAGACGGCAGAGCCACGUUCAGACUGGAGGACUCGCAGCUGAAGGUGUGGGACGUGAUCGGUCGCUCACUGGUGGUGGAUGCAGGAGAAGAUGAUCUGGGAAGAGGAAAUCAUCCUCUGUCUAGACAAACAGGAAACUCCGGUGAGAGGCUAGCAUGUGGGAUCAUCGCUCGCACUGCAGGACUCUUUCAGAACCCCAAACAGAUCUGUGCCUGUGAUGGAGUCACUCUGUGGGAGGAGAGAGAUCGUCCAAUAGCAGGAAAAGGACGCAAAAAAGUCCCCAAUGCUCCAGCUGCCAAUUUAUGACCAUGUGACCGCUCACUGUACUGAGGAUGAAUGAUUGACAGAUUGCACUUACAGGUACACUAAUCAGUACGCUUUAAUCUGGUGCUGAACUUUGUCUGCUUGUUCCCACGCUGGCUGCUGCAGGGGAUCUCGCUUCAGUAAAACGCUUACUGUGCUGUCCUGUACAUCCAAAUUCAUUCAAAACAUGGUGGCUGACAUCGACGUGGAGGGGAAAAAAGCCAUUAAAUGUCUGAUGAAAGAGUAUUUCAGAGCAGAAAUGACCCUUAUUUACACAUUUCAAGGUUUUCGUUUCUUUAUUCUUUUUAACUACAAGAAUACAAAAUGUGUCACCAUGUUUGUGGUAAUCCUACAAACAGUACGGUACAUUUGCAGUAUGUUCAUUUCUGAGUCACACAACAACCCGAAAACAAAUAAACAAACAAAAAAACAUUAAAAUAUAAAUGCCACAGCUGUUUAUACCUGAUAGCAUAAAAAAGCUAAAUUUGCUUUGCUCACUGAGUGGGAGGGGCAUACUGUGUCUCGGCUGUCAAUCACAGCUACACCAGCCAAUCGCAGGCAUCUGUGAGAUCAUGUGUGCAGAAGAGGGCAGAUAGUGUUUUUGCCUAAUGUAGCAGGAGAAGCAAUUGGAAAACGAGGCAAAGUGUUAAAUUAAAAAAAAUAGGUACUUCUUUAGAAUUCUGAAGUAAUCCUGGACUAAAUUUUGCCAUCAGGUUUUACCCCAGGACUGAUGUUAACCUCUGACAGAUCACUAACUUGAUCAAGCUAAAAGCUCUUUAUAAAAAAUCAGCCCAUUCUAAACUUUAACAAUACAAGUUGUUGUCUGUUAAGAAUUGUAUUAUUGGUUUCCUGAGUUUCAGAAAGUUUGCAAUAUGAAAAUAAGUGAAUCUAAAUGAACCUUUACUGUCUCAAAUUCUGAGGUACAUUUAAUGUGUAAUUGUGUAAUUAAGCAUUUUGUGAGCGUAAGGUUUUAGUAAAUUAAAAUGGCAAAGCAUUUUAAAGGUUUAAGCAUUUUAGCAUUUUAAAUUAACCUACAAAACAAUGCGAUACAACUGAGGACUAUUAUUUUUGAACGAAAACAAAAAAAAAAAGAUUUGUUAAAUCGUAAUACGAACGCUUUAAAAUUUUUGAAAAGGCAUUAAAAAAAAAUCUACUAAUCUGCCUGUAAACCCUUAAAUUAAAAUGGAAUGUUUUUAUACAUAAUCGUACAUGAUUUAACGUCAUUUUCUGUUCUUUAAAGCUGAGCAUUUUGUGGUUUCAGAUCGUUGUGAAGAUUCUUGCCUGUGUAUCAUUCCUUUAAUAAUUAAAGAGUUGCAGAUCUUUGUUCUUCUGUUGUCACUGUUGUUCUUUUAUGAAGUUUAUUUAUUUACCUAAUAAACAUUUUAUCAGAGUA